CGCCUCCGUCAGUCAGUGAGCUUCACUCGCUGCUCGUCUGUUUGAUGAAACAUCUCACGGAAUAAAGUCCACACUCUCGAGGUCUUCUUUUGGAGAGCUGCACAAUGCGACGGACACAGUAAAUAUUCCCUGUCCAGCAAAGCCACGUUAAUUCACUCGUGUUGCCGGUUUCUGUACAAUGUGGGCGUGAAGAGUAGGACCGUCACGAGCGCGCGAGUCUCGAGGUGGAUACCGUCAAGUUUAUACAGUAACAACUCACUGGAGUAUCCAAGCUCUUCAAGGUGAGGCGCAUUCUGUACAGUCUACAGCCGUAGCUAUGGUGAACAGUCAGGUUGCAGGCGGCGCGUGCGCGUCCAGGUCGUGCGCAGGCUGUGGGGGUCACAUCGCUGACCGUUUCCUGCUCUUCUCCAUGGAGCGCUAUUGGCACACGCGCUGCCUCAAGUGCUCGUGCUGUCAGGCUCAGCUGGGGGAGAUCGGGACCACCUGCUACAGCAAAGGAGGCAUGAUCCUCUGCAGAACAGACUACAUCAGGUUGUUUGGGCACACGGGGGCUUGCAGUGCAUGUGGUCAGUCCAUUCCUGCCAGUGAAAUGGUCAUGCGGGCACAGGGCAACGUCUACCACCUCAAGUGCUUCUCUUGUGCAACGUGCAGAAACCAGUUGGUCCCUGGUGACCGAUUCCACUAUGUGAACGGCACCAUAUUUUGUGAGCACGACCGGCCAGGAGCUGCACAUCUUAAUACUCACCUCCAGAGCAACCCAGUGCUCCCGGACCAGAAAGUUUGCUGAAGGACUCCCCGUCUUCUUCGCCUCUUCCUCUUCUCCUCUCUCUGUUUACCCUCCAGACAUCCUCCAGACACUCCUCCUUUGAUGCACUUACGUUUUUACAGAAUUAAAUGGAAAAAGUGGGAGAACGAGUCUGUGAUGGAAACAUCUUUAUAUCUGACUUCAUAUCAAACUGUGGUGGAUUCUGCAGUAUCUCUCAUUGUGGCUUUCUCGCCCCCCUGAAAACAGAAGUGACUUCUAUUUUCUCACAGGAUAUCCUGCCUCUCUCACAUCUAACCUCAGAGAGAAGGCUCCAUCUGAAAGCAAUGUAUGCUUUUUCAAGUCAAGGUGAAACUGCGUUCAGAACUUGAAAAGUGGCCAUUAUAUAAGAGAGACUGGUGAUGUCAGUCAAAAAGGGUGAAAGUUAUUACAUUUUUAUGAUUAUUUGAGUUUGAUGUGCACUGAUAAAUCAUGCACACUAAAGGUGCGGUCACAAUGAAUUUCAGCAGUUUUGCUGUAAAAGAAAAUGGUCUGUUGUCAAUACUGUUGUAGUGCAUUAAGCACAGCUCACACUUGAAUCACUUUCAAACCAUUUCCAAUUGCGGUGAAUUUGCAUGAACAGUUCGAAUAUGAGCAACAUCGGUGUAGAAACUAUUUCAACCUCAUGCAAAAUUGUGUCCUAUUGACUCUUUGCAAAGAGCUUGAUUCACCGGCGAUCUGACAAACACAUCAGACAGGGCUGCAUUUCCCAAAAGCAUUGUAAGCUUAAGUACAUCGGAGACCCAUUGAAACCAUGAUGCUUUUGGGAAACGCAGCCCAGGAGAGUAGAUUAACUUCGGAGGACUCAAACUUAAAUAAUGCUGUGUAUUGAAGUCUCUCCACGGUUAAAAUAAAAUACGUUCUGAUGUUCAUUCAUGUUUAUUUCAUGCGUUAAAUGAAUAUGAAAAGUAGCUUGAAAUGAGGCAAUACAGUGAUCUCUCGCGACACAUUAAAGAGACACAAAAUGGUAUUUAUAUUUUUAAUUUCUCUAAAAAAUGACAAAAUUGGAAAGCUGAGACCUUUUUUCAUACCAGAAGUAACCUGCUCUGUCAUGUCAGUUUUCUCCUUGUUUCUUGAGUGGGCCGGACAUAGCAACAGAAACGAAGGUGGGUGGGUUUUUGUGAAGGGUCAGAUGCCAAACAACUGGAUUUCGCCCUUAAAUAUGCACCAAAAAGUGCAUUUAAAAAGUAAAUGGGGUCUGUUUUGAUUUCACGUUGAUUAACGUCAACAACAGAAUAUCUUCGUACAUCUUUUGGACAUCGUUCAGGGUGUAGAAAUGGAAAUAUGUUUUUAUACCAGUACUCUCUGUAACGGUUGAAUCAUCUGCUCAACAUGUGAUAUCUAUUUAAGGUGCAAUUAUCCAAUAAAUGGGAAAUACAACAAUCCAGCUGCCAA